AUGUUUCUCAUCUUGGUGGCUGCAGCCGCCUCCCCACCUUCCCCUCACACAGGUCCUUAUGUAACCCCAGUACCAUAUCUUGGACCCUUCCCAGGCCUGCAUCUUCCACAAGCUCAGAGCAGCCUCUCUACCCCUUGGAGCCCCUUGAGAUUUUUAAGGGCAGUGGGUGUGACCCCAGUUCUGGUGUCCUCAUCUCCCCAUCAAAGCUCCACUGCUUCAGCAGUUUGGGUGCCGGUCAAUUUCUAUGCCAUAGAAUUUACCAGUGCUGUCCUCUUAGCCUCUAACCUGGCUUCCGAGAUACUGUCUGCAGGGAGCCUGGUCAAAGUGGGCGGGGCAGCCUCUGGAGGUGUCUUGGCAGGACUUCCUUGGCUAAGACUCACCCUGUCAUCCAACGCUGCCCUGGCUGGGGCCACAUCUACCCUGGGAUCCUUGCUGGGGACGCUGAAUGGCUCCUACCUGCUAGGAUGCCCUGCUGCGGCCCUGACCGCUUUCCCACUAGGAGCCAAGGCUGCUGCAGCUGUGGCGGGAGGAGCCCUGGCCGUGGGGGCUGUGCCCGUGGUGCUGGGCACCGUGGGCUUCACCGGGGCAGGAAUCACAGCCUCCUCCUUAGCGGCCAAGAUGAUGUCAGCGUCCGCCAUGGCCAAUGGGGGCGGAGUUGCCGCCGGCAGCCCGGCGGCCACUCUCCAGUCCGUGGGUGAGUGUCCCCGAUGGGGCUUGCUGUGGAAGGUGAGGGAGGACAAGCGCCUCAGAGCAUCCAGCCCUGACCUUAGCCCUGGUGAGCCCCAGUCUGCCUGUGCCUUUGUCUCACCCUCCGUGGUCACUCUCUCUCUGGGUCUCUGAAGCAGGUGCGUUGCUGGGGGAAGGUGCUCUGGCCUAGGGUGUGCUCGGCUCAGGCUGACUCUGCCCAAAGCAGACUUUCUGAGUUAGCUGGGGCGUCUCUGUCCCGCCUGGGGUUCGGCCUUCUUCCCCAGAGAGAAAGGCAGCUCCCGGCACUCGGUUUCACCACCGGAGUUCAUGCCUUUGGGUACCUGCUUGCAGCAGCCUUGCCCAAACAGAGAUCCUUGGGAGUUGGGGAAACAGAGAAGGGUUCUGGGUGGGAUCUCUGGGCCUGAGGUCCUCCUGACAGGCCCUGGAGUCUCGGACCCUAUGGUUCUGCCCCACAAGCUGCCCCAGCCUGCCCGUCCCAUUCUACUCACCCUCUGCUUCUCCCCCAGGAUCAGGUGGACUCUCCCUGUCACCCAAAGUCCUCCUGGGAUCCACUGGGUUUGCCCUUGUGUCCCUCGUGGUGGGCUUGUGACAGCUCCCUGUCACUCCCUUUGCAGAGAAGAGGACCAGGUAGUGCCCUGCUCGCCAGCCU